GGUACAGGGAAUGAUUAGUCAGUGUACACAGGCUGCGGUGCGCACUGGUGGCUUCCUCUCUGCAGCAGUCACCUUCCAUUGUGUAUACAUGUCCAUUGAUCAGCCCACUGGCCGGACCAACAACACGGACUUCUCAUCACAGCCCACCGCAUGCAGAUGAGAGCUGUCAGCCGGCUGGAUACCUCUGCCAGCUUCCCUCCACCCGCAGCCUGUGUAUCUCCCUGAGCAUCCUUCCUCUCCAUCCAGGGCAGGGCUCUGACAGCUGGAUCUAGUCUGGAUCUAGUGAUCGCCUGAUCCACCCAGGGGAUCCACUACACAGCAACACCCCACCUUCCACACCCUACUCCGAUCCAUCCAUCACCCCAGCCGGCUGGAAGAAUAGUCCUCACCUCUGCCAUCCUCCUCAUCUCCCCAUCAUGGCUGAAACCACGGAGUGCAGCAUCAAGGUCCUGUGCAGAUUCCGCCCUUUAAAUCAAUCCGAGGUCCAAAGAGGAGACAAGUAUCUGCCCCUAUUUCAGGGGGACGACGGUGUGGUUGUCGGGGGAAAACCAUAUGUUUUUGACCGAGUGUUUCCACCAAAUACGACCCAAGAGCAAGUCUACCAUGCCUGUGCCAUGCAAAUUGUUAAAGAUGUGCUGGCUGGUUAUAAUGGGACCAUCUUUGCCUAUGGGCAGACCGCCUCUGGGAAGACCCACACCAUGGAGGGUAAGCUUCAUGAUCCCCAGAUGAUGGGAAUAAUACCAAGAAUUGCCAGAGAUAUCUUCAAUCACAUUUACUCCAUGGACGAAAACCUGGAAUUCCAUAUCAAAGUUUCUUAUUUUGAGAUCUACCUGGAUAAAAUUAGAGAUUUGCUAGAUGUCUCUAAAACAAACCUUUCGGUACAUGAAGACAAGAACCGCGUUCCAUUUGUCAAGGGCUGUACUGAGCGUUUUGUGUCCAGCCCAGAAGAGAUCCUGGAUGUCAUUGAUGAGGGAAAAUCCAAUCGCCAUGUGGCUGUCACAAACAUGAAUGAACACAGUUCCCGCAGUCACAGCAUCUUCCUUAUCAAUAUCAAACAGGAGAAUGUGGAGACUGAGCUGAAACUAAGUGGAAAGUUAUAUCUGGUUGACCUGGCUGGUAGUGAAAAGGUUAGCAAAACUGGAGCUGAAGGUGCUGUUUUGGAUGAGGCCAAGAACAUCAACAAGUCUUUAUCUGCUCUGGGAAAUGUCAUUUCAUCCUUGGCAGAAGGAUCGAAAGGAUAUGUUCCCUACAGAGAUAGUAAGAUGACCCGAAUCCUCCAAGACUCCUUGGGCGGAAAUUGCAGGACAACCAUGUUUAUCUGCUGUUCUCCAUCCAGCUACAAUGAUGCAGAAACCAAGUCAACACUUAUGUUUGGUCAAAGAGCCAAGACCAUCAAGAACACUGCAUCCGUCAACCUGGAGCUGACAGCUGAGCAGUGGAAGAAGAAGUUUGAGAAGGAGAAGGAGAAGAACAAGACCAUGAAAGAGACCAUUCAACGGUUGGAGGCUGAACUCAGUCGCUGGAGGAAUGGAGAGAAUGUACCUGAAACGGAGCAGCUGAGCGACAAUGAACAGAUUAUUCCGGAAACUUGUGAUGAGACCCCAGUCAAUGAUAAUAACUCUUCCAUUGUGAUCCGAAUCUCAGAGGAGGAGAGAAGGAAGUAUGAGGAAGAGAUCCGUAAGAUGUACAAACAGAUGGAUGACAAGGAUGAUGAGAUCAACCAGCACAGUCAAUUAGUAGAAAAGUUGAAGCAGCAGAUGUUGGAUCAAGAAGAGCUAUUAGUAUCCACUCGGGGAGAUAAUGACAAGGUGCAGAUGGAACUAAGCCGCUUGCAGUCAGAAAAUGAUUGUGCCAAGGAAGAAGUGAAGGAGGUUCUACAGGCUCUGGAGGAACUUGCAGUGAACUAUGAUCAGAAGUCUCAGGAAGUUGACGAUAAAACUAUACAGAACAAAAUCCUCACUGAUGAGCUGUCUCAGAAAGUUGCCAGUCUUUUGUCUCUGGAAAGUGACCUGCAUCGCCUGCAGGAAUUCAGCACUCAUCAACGCAAGCGAAUUGCUGAAGUUCUCAAUGGACUCAUGAAAGACCUAAGUGAGUUCAGCGUCAUUGUGGGCAAUGGAGAAUUUAAACUGCCUGUGGAAAUCAGCGGGGCCAUAGAGGAGGAGUUUACUGUGGCUCGUCUAUACAUCAGUAAGAUUAAAUCUGAAGUGAAAUCUGUGGUGAAACGGUGUCGCCAGCUAGAGAAUCUUCAAGUUGAAUGUCACCGCAAGAUGGAAGUUACUGGACGGGAACUGUCCUCAUGCCAACUGCUUAUAUCACAGCACGAGGCUAAGAUCAGGUCUCUGACAGAGUACAUGCAUAGCGUAGAGGUGAAGAAACGUCAGCUGGAGGAAUCCUAUGAUGCUCUGAGUGAAGAAAUAGCCAAUAUGCAAGCUCAAGAAAAUGUGACUGAAGUAGCGACAAAGGAAAAGGAGCAGGAUGUGGUGGAAGCCCACGAGGUUAAGAAGGUUCUGGAGAUGCAGAUGGAAAGCCACCGUGAGGCCCACCAUAAACAACUGGCACGUCUCCGUGAUGAGAUAAAUGAGAAACAGAAGAUCAUUGAUGAGCUUAAAGAUUUGAACCAGAAGCUGCAGCUGGAAUUGGAGAAGCUCAGAGCUGACUACGAGAAGCUGAAAAGUGAGGAACACGAGAAGAGCAGCAAGCUGCAGGAGCUGACAUUUCUAUAUGAGAAACACGAGCAGUCCAAGCAGGAUCUUAAAGGGCUCGAGGAGACUGUUGCACGUGAACUUCAGACCCUCCACAAUCUUCGGAAGCUUUUUGUUCAAGACGUCACAUCUCGAGUCAAGAAAAGUUCUGAGAUGGAACCCGAGGACAGUGGGGGGAUUCAUUCACAGAAGCAGAAGAUUUCCUUUCUUGAGAACAACUUGGAGCAACUUACAAAGGUUCACAAACAGCUGGAUGACUGGGUAUCCAAGCUGGUUCGUGACAAUGCAGAUCUUCGUUGUGAGCUUCCUAAACUGGAAAAACGUCUUCGGGCUACGGCUGAGAGAGUUAAGGCCCUGGAGGGUGCACUGAAAGAGGCCAAAGAGGGUGCCAUGAAGGAUAAGAGAAGGUACCAGCAGGAGGUGGACCGCAUUAAGGAAGCUGUACGCUACAAGAAUACAGUGAGGCGCACUCACACUGCACAGAUUGCCAAGCCAAUCAGACCAGGACACUACCCUGCAUCUUCCCCAACCAAUUCCUAUGGAGUUCGCAGUUCAGAUUCUCUUAGUUACACCAACAACAUCUUCCAGCAAUACCAAAACAUGUACAUGCAUUCAUCCAAUUCCUCCAAUGACACAUUUUUCUCCAACCCCUGUUCCGCUACAAAGAGCAAUUCUUCCUCUAGCAGCCUACUUCCCUACACAAAGAUGAAUGUGGAUAAUGGCAACGCUACAGACAUCAAUGAUAACAGAAGUGACUUGCCAUGUGGCUGCGAAGCGGAUGAUCAGUCCCAGUUAUUCCCUCUUCAUCAGGAGACUGCAGCUAGCUAAUAACAGAGAUCACCUAAGUCCUCUCUCCUGCACUUCCAGUUUCCAAAGGAACUGAAGCUUAUUCCCAGCAUGCUGCAAGUUAGCUUCCUGUGGCCUCUGCUGCCAAACAUUAUCCUUCCUGUAUGACUGUCUUGCUCCGUGUCUUUCUACCGUGCUCUGUUAACGUACUGUAUACUAACAGCUGCUAAUGUUUAUUCUAUAUCUUUGCAAUUUUGCAAUGCACUCAAUUAUGUACCCACUUGUGUUUAAAACUCAAUCCUCUAGAUUAACUUAUUGUAUAUCUGUCAAAUCUCACACUGUGUCAUUAACAUGGGGUUAGUAAUGUAUGCUCAAGGAGUGGAUUAAAAGGAGCCAAUGAAAAUGGUGUAAUGCUGUCUUCAGUGCUCAGGCUUUGGGGUAUAUAAGUUUAAAUGGAUAUUUGGGAAGGUAAAGUUUUACUGACAAUGGACAUGUUUUUGUUUCUGAUUAAAGUACAUUAACUCA